AUGGGCACCCGUGACGAUGCCACCCCAGCCAAGGUGGUGGCUCCCAUGGCCGUGUACUGUGGCACCAUUCCUCGGACCAGCACCGAGCCCCGUCUGCUACCACCUGGAAGUGCCAGCCCCAGCCUGCCUGCUCAUGAAGAAGCCUCCCUCCAGGCCCAGCCUAGCGUUGGGGAGCAGCCAUCACAGCUCUUGAACAGACCUGGGGAUUCACGAGGCCUCGAACUGGACACUCUCUGGAAGGGCUGGCAGACCAGGAAUGGUCACCCUAAGGACCUUGGUCUCCUGUCUCUGGGGCCUCGCCCUCCGGCGCCCCUGCCUUCGUUGGAGUCGCAGGCCAGCAGUGUGGCCCGGGACACAAUCCAGAUCAAGGACAAACUCAAGAAGAGGAGGCUCUCAGAGGGCCUGGCAGCGUCUGCUCGAGCCUCCCUGGAUGCCAGUGGUGUUCCCCUAAGGAGCACUGUGCCACGUGCCACCUCCCAGAGGCUGCUGAGGGUGCCCAGGCCCAUGCCACCCAUCCAGAGCAUCCCCACCACCCCCGAGCCCAAGGACAGGGGCCUGGACCCGCCAGGGAGCCGGCAGGGUGCCCCAGAGGUGCAGGUGUCCCCCCAGUACCUGCACUGCAAGGAUGAGAAGCUGCUCAAGUCUAUGGCAGGCAUGGUGAUCCCACCCAUUGCGAAGACUGGGUCGUCAGGCAGGGCUGCUUCCUCCACAGCACUGCUGGGUUCCCCUUCUGGACCCUUGCCUGCAGGCCAGGACGUCCUCGCAGGGCUGGCACCCCCAAGCACCCGGUUGGCUCUGGACCAUGGCCCGCGGGAGAGGACCCCCAAGUCUCUGGGGCCCAGACCUUUAGUCCCAACCCCCAGAGAGGGGUCAGCCUCCGCCUCCCGGAAGCCUGCCCUUCCUUCAUCUCGGUCAGCUCCCACGCUGACAGCCUUCUCCUUCAGCCAUGCCAAAGAAGCCCAUCCCCUGUGGAAACAGGAGGACACGAAGGAGGCCAGCACCAAGAUCCACGUCACCAUUUCCAAGUCUGCCCAGCAGAAGAUGCGGCUGAAGCAGCAGACGAAGGAGCUGGAGGUGUUGUACAGGGCGAAGCAGCCAGACGCGGCCCGGGAGCUCGCGUCUCACAGCCUGCCUUGGAGGGCCGUGGCCAAGGAAGGCCUCCUUCCCCUCCGGACCAGCGGAACUCAAUCUGUGCCCACGGGGACAAACAGCCCACGCAGAAACAUCGGCAUGCCCCUGAGGAAGCGGGCCAGCCGGUCCUCCCUGCCCAGCAUCCCGGUCAGCAGGCAGGAACCCAACUUUGCCCGGCACGCAUCAGCUAACUCCUUGCCCGCGGUACUCACGCUGGGCUCUCCUGAGUGGGAGGAAGAGGAGGAGGACCUGGAGGGUAGAGGUCUGCGGGAACUGAGGCCUUUCUCCAAUCCCGAGCUGGGCCUGACGGACGCCCUGCAAUGCCUCGGCAGCGCUGACUGGCAGGUGAAGGAGAAGGGCCUGCUGAGCGUCCAGCGCCUGGCCACCUGUCACCCCGAAGUGCUCGCUGGGAGGCUGCACGACGUUUCCUUGGCAGUGUCCGGGGAGGUCACCAACCUCCGCUCCAAGGUGUCCCGCCUGGCCAUCAGCACCCUGGGUGACCUGUUCCGAGCCCUGAAGAAGAAUAUGGACCAGGAGGCUGAGGAGGUGGCCCGUUGCCUACUGCAAAAGAUGGGAAACAGCAGCGAGUUCAUCCAAAGGGCUGCCAGCCGCUCCCUGGGGGCCAUGGUGGAGAGUGUGACCCCCGCCCGCGCCCUGGUGGCUCUCACCUCCACAGGCGUCUACCACCGAAACCCUUUAGUCCGGAAGUGCACCGCUGAGCACCUCUUGACUGUCCUGGAGCAGAUCGGUGCCGAGAAGCUUCUGUCGGGCACGCGGGAUAGCACGGACACACUGGUGCACAACCUGGUGAGGCUGGCCCAGGACUCCAACCAGGACACCAGGUUCUACGGCCGGAAGAUGGUGAACGCCCUGAUGGCUAACGCCAAGUUUGAUGCGUUUCUGAAGCAGUCCCUCCCAUCUCAUGACUUGCGGAAGGUCAUGGCAGCCAUUAAGCAGUGGGGAACGGAAGACAGUGAUGAAGUCCCAUCCGCCAAAGGGCGCAAGGUGUCCCGGAGUCUGCUGGCGUAUGAGAACGGGAUGCCCAUGGAGGAGGGGCUCAGCUCCAAUGACCCACGCCUGGUGGGGCUGCGCUCCUCUGUGAGGGGUGGCACCGAGAGAGUGGAGCAGCUCCGGGAGCUGAUGCGGUUGCUGGAGGCCAAGGAGUACCAGUCCCGGAUGGACGGCGUGGGGCGGCUCCUGGAGCACUGUGAGACCAAGCCGGAGCUCAUCACGGCCAACCUGAUGCAGGUCUUCGAUGCCUUCACACCAAGGCUUCAGGAUUCCAACAAGAAGGUGAACCAGUGGGCACUGGAGUCCUUUGCCAAAAUGAUCCCCAUCCUCAAAGGAAGUUUGCACCCCAUGCUGCUGUCCAUCACGGUCGCUGUUGCAGACAACCUCAACUCCAAGAACUCAGGGAUUUCUGCCGCCGCUGCCAUCGCACUGGAUGCCAUGGUCCAGAACCUGGACCAUCUCUGCCUUCUGCAGACGUUCGCGGGGCGGGUGCGUUUCCUGAGUGGCCGAGCGGUGCUGGACAUCACGGAGCGCCUGGCAGCGCUGGUGGCCUCGGCUUACCCACGGAAACCUCAAGCUGUGGAGCGCCACGUGCUGCCCGUCCUCUGGUACUUCUUGAACAACAUGCUGGGGAGCGGCGUCUUGCCUGGACACUGUGGUAAUGUGGGUGCAGUGGUACGUCGGCUGACCAGGAGCCUGUGGGAGCAGAUGGGCUCCCGCCUGCAGGACGCGGCCACUGGCCAGCCGGAACAUGUCCUCAAAACUCUGCAGGGACUCCUGGAUGCCAGACCACCAGCAGGCAGCCGCAGGGUCAUCAGCAGAGGGCUGCCACCGGACAGCAAGAUGACAGGUAGCUGACGCACU